UUUUCGUUCCGUGAACUGCAAUGAACGUCAACGAAGAUUUAAAUUACGCCUUUGCGCUGAGUCGUCAAUGUUUACGGAUAUUAGGCGUAUGGCCAGAUCCAUUUACGCCUUUGAGUGAUUUUCACCGGCCAAGCAUAAGAUUCAUAAUUGUUACGUGUAUCCUGUGUCUUUACGUGAUCGUGCCGCAAUUAACGAAUAUGAUCCUUGCUUGGGGUAAUGUGGUUCGGAUGGUGGAAUACGUUGCCUCUGCGAACUUCAGCUUGAUGGCACUAUGCAAAUUAGUCGGUACUUGGUAUCACGGUGAAACGCUUCGAACGCUGAUGACAUCGGUCAUGACCGAUUGGAUGACGUCGAAGAACGAUCGAGAACGAAAUACAAUGUUAAAUACUGCGAGACGUGGCAGAACCUUAUCUCUUAGAUGUUACGUGGCCUCCACGUGCACAGUCACGUUUUACAUUUCUCUCAAUCUGCUGAAGUUCUAUCGAAAUAUGCACCAACCUCAACGGGCCCUCGUGUAUCGGUUUACCUAUCCUUACAACAUUCAAAAGAGUCCGAACUACGAAAUUACUUUUUUCACUCAACUUUCCGGCGGUACGUACUCGGCCCUCAUCAACUGUACCGUCGACAGUUUCGUCUCGUUACUCGUGCUGCACAUAAGCGCACAACUGAUAAAUCUACGAACGGCACUGAACGACCUAGUCGACAAACUAGCCAAAGGAUCUAUAUCCUCCUCGACAUUUAAGGAAGGUUUAGCCGCGAUCACUGUCCGUCACGAACAUCUCAUCAGGAACGCAAAGAUAGUUGACGACUGCUACAGCGCAGUGUUAUUUGUACACAUGUUUGCCGCUACUUUUCAACUGUGUUUUGAAAGCUUUCAAGUUUUCACGAUAGUAUCAAAUCAUUUGGAUGUACCUCUUGUUAAAGUGUGUUUUCUCUCGUUUUACGUCCUUCUUGUAUUGACACAUUUGUAUAUUUAUUGUUACUCAGCUGAAAGACUUUUAACGGAGAGCACCAGUAUGGCGUAUGGCGUGUAUGAAUGCAAGUGGUACGAUAUAUCACCGAAAGACGCGAAAAAUUUAAUGUUUAUGGCGUAUCGAUCUACAGUUCCACUUAGAUUGACGGCUGGAAAAUUUGGUGCUUUUUCAUUAGAAAUGUUCGGAACAACAGUGAAAACGUCAAUGGGAUACCUAUCUGCAUUGCUGACAAUGAUGGAUUAGAGUAUAAUGCUGGAAUGAUACUAAAUUAAUUGCGAUACUUGAUUACUACUUAUUUUCUAUAU